AUGCCUCGGUUUGAUUCAGAUAGGGCCAUGCAAGUCUCAAGCUCUCCUGAUACACCCCUCCGAUUGGUAGGAGCAAACUCCGCUGUUACUGCUUCGCAGUGUGUAGCCGAGCUUCCUGGCUUUCUGAAACCACCACCUGCGAGCAUGGACCCCGAAGAUCUCGAAUACCUUGCGAGGAAAGGCUCAUUGACUCUGCCAGAUCCAGAUCUUCGCGACGCUUGCCUGCGAAGUUACUUCCAAUACGUGCAGCCGUGCUUUCCUGUGGUUGAUGUCAAGGCGUUCCACGGAUUUCUCCACGCACCUGGACCGAAAUCUGACAAGUUUAGUCUGCUAGUCUUCCAGUCGAUGAUGUUUGUUGGUAGUAUCUGGGUCGAUAUCAGAUUGAUUCGCAGACUCGGGUUCCUGACGCGUCACUCGGCAAGGAGAGCAAUGCAUAGCAAAGUUCGCUCGCUCUAUGACUCGGACUAUGAAGAUGAUCGCACUUGUCUACUUCAGAGUCUAAUACUACUCACGUUCUGGUGGGAGAGUCCGAAUGAGAACAAAGACGCUUGGCACUGGAUUGGAACUGCUCUUUCGGUGUCUCGAACACUCGGUUUACAUCAACCAUGCAGUGAUGAAAUUGUGAGCCCUGGAGUUGCACGAUUUCGAAAACGAUUGUGGUGGACACUGCUUAUGCGGGACACGAUCUCAUCUUUUGGGUUGAGCCGCGCACCAAGGAUAAGAGACGAAGACCAUUUCGUCGCAAUGCUUGAAAUGGAAGACUUUGAUCUCGAUGUUCCAGGGUUGAACUCAAUGCCGGGCAUUGUCUCCUCUUCAGUGGCUCAACAAGAAUUAUUUGGUCGCCUGUGUAUCGAAUUGUCCAAACUGUGCCGAAUAUUGAGGAAGAUACUCCAAUUGGCAUAUCCCGAGAGUGCCUCGGGACAAACGGCAAGCCUGUAUUCGACUCGACAACUAAAUGGCAUGAACAAGAUGACCUUGCCACGGAAGGCGCCAGACAUGGAACAACUCAAACUCUGUGACGAAGAUUUGAGUCGGUGGCGCGAAAGAGUUCCAGAAGAAGUAUUGCAUGCUUCGCCAUUGCCGGACAAGCCCGAAGAGUUUGAUCAAGCCGAGCUCGCUCACCGAGCACUGAUAACGAUGUUGUAUUUUACUGCAUUGUUGACUCUGCAUCGCCCUCGAAUCUUGAAGUCAAGCAGUGUCCAAAUCAACAACCACAGUCCUCCUCAAGUCGACCAAGAUAAAUCUCGAAGCAUUGUGCGCUACGCUGCCACGGAAAUCACCAGAAUCGGCAUGGACUUCUACGAAGCCGACCUUGUGAAAUCACUCUCUGCCACAUGUAUCGGUUGUUUUUUACCAGCAGGGAUAAGCCACAUCUUUGAUGCGAAUUCAGCUGACGAUAUCGUUCAGGCCGACGGUUUGCAGAUGUUCAACCAGUGCAGGCGGAUACUUCAAGAUUUCUCCGACGCACACAAAGCAGCAGACUGGUGCAUCAACAUUCUCGAUACUGUGUCCACGCAAGUACGAAAACAAAAACUAGCACGCAACGAUAGUUCAGCUCAAGAUACUGAACAACUGACGCAAUUGAGUCAACCAAAAGGCAGGGAUAUCACUGAAUUGGGGACGCUGUCCUCGGAGACGGCUGGGACGCUGAGCCAGAAUACUGUUGGCGAUGGAGUACUUCCCAAUAAAGAUAACGAUUGCGAAGCACAUCAAAUGUAUGACGUUCCAGCAGCACCACAGGUACCAUUUCCGAGUCAUACAUCCUACCAAGCUGUGGACAACUUUGGCCAAAUGCCAAUGUUCGAAUCAAUGGCUGCUGCCUCUGUACAAGCUCCCCUCCACGAAUAUACUAACACAAUAGGUCCUGGAGAAAUGUGGCUUGACAUUGCCGGUAUGGCGAGCACAAGUGCCGAGACUGAUUGGACUGGUAAUGAUGCGUUCUGGUUGAGUUGGUAA